AUGGAUAAAUAUCUUAAUAAAAGACCUCGAGUUUCUAUCGGUUCUUCUAGUGCUAAUGUUGAGCAAGAACCACAACAAUUGGGAAAUAAUGUGGCAGUUGAAAAUAAUCAGGACGAGAUUGAAAUUGAUAAAGAGAAAAUCAAAGCCGACCCCGGAUUACGAGACCCUAUAGAUAGUUUUGAUGUGAAUAUUCGUGAUCGAAUUCGUAGAGAAUAUGUUGCCAAAGGUCCUUGCCAACCAAAAGGCCAUGACUUUCCAAAAAAACAUAUGGGAAAGAUAAGAGAGGUUUUAGGGAUGUUUGCUCCAGGAGAUGAAGCAUUUGUUGGUGGUGGUUUCUCUAAUUGGAAGAAGGCUAAUGAAAGAUUUACAGCUCAUGUUGGAUCAACGGGUAGUGCACACCACAAAGCUAGAAUUGAAUAUGAAAAUUUUGUAAAUCAAAAGCAGAGUGUGCCUUAUAUCGUUAGUAGAGUUGGUUCAAAACAAGAGAAGGAAUAUAGGAUUCGUUUGACUGCAACUCUUGAUGUUAUUCGAUUCCUUUUGAAUCAAGGUUUGGCUUUUAGAGGACAUGAUGAGACAUCAACUUCUUCAAAUAGGGGCAACUUUCUGGAGUUAUUAUAUUGGUAUAGUUUAAGGAAUGAUGAAGUUGGUCAAGUUGUAUUGAAGAAUGCUCCCGGAAAUAAUCAAAUGAUUGCUCCAUCAGUUCAAAAAGAUAUCGUUAAUGCGUGUGCAGUUGAAACUACACUUGAAAUAAUGAAGGAACUUGGUGAUGGAUUAUUUUCCAUAAUGGUUGAUGAGUCUCGAGAUUGCUCGGUGAAGGAGCAAAUGGCUAUUGUUUAUGUGGAUCUUCUUGCAAAAGGGCAGAUAAACUCCGAUAAAUUGAAUAUGAAAGAAUGGUUGAAAGGAUUGAGAAAGGGGAAAUCACUUCAGGUUGUUGAUUUAAUUAGUCAAGAAAUGAGGAAUCGUUUUUCUGAGUCCAGCACAGACCUACUCGAGUGUAUGGCAUGUCUUGAUCCAAGAAAUCAUUUCUCCAAUUUCAAUGUCGAUAAACUUGUUCAUCUUGCCACCCUUUAUCCGGAAGACUUUUCAUCCAUGGAGCUUAACUUGUUAACUAAACAACUUCAAAGUUUCGUGAGUGAUGUAAGAAGAGAUACACGUUUUUCAGAUGUUGAAGAUUUGGGAACUCUUUCAAAGAAGAUGGUUGAAACGAUGAAAGAUAAGAUUUUUCAAUUGGUUUAUCGAUUGAUAAAAUUGGUCUUACUUUUACUAGUAGCUACAUCAUCCGUUGAAAGAGUGUUUUCUGCAAUGAAAUUUGUGAAGUCAGAGCUGAGAAAUAGGAUGGGAGAUGACUGGUUGAACGACAGUUUGACGGUAUAUAGCGAGAAUGAGGUGUUUGCAACUAUUCCCAAUGAAAGGAUUUUGAGUCGUUUUCAGAAAAUGGAUACUCGAAGAAGCCAACUAUCUCGCAUAGCAUAA